UGUUUUGUUUGGGAAUCCUUUACAACGGUGCUCGGUGACUGCGGGCUCAGUUAGCACAUCACAUUGACCUGAUGGCGGCGACAAAAGCGGCAUUGCACAAAACGAGCGUGUUGUUUGGGGGUUUUUCCCCGAAGAACCUUCUUGGAGUGUGUGAAGAUGAGGAUGGUCACAUACUGGUGUCCUUCAGAUCAUUUGUGAAGCGGUUUAACAUUGCUGACAGACAACAAGUGAGGAACUGGACCACGAAGAGCUGGCACCCGUUCACCUGUGCCGCCGUGUACCAGCGGGAGGAGAAGAGGGUGGUGGCGGCAGUGAGUGGCUCUGUCCUCGCCAUGUGGAGCCUGGAGCAUGAAGAUUUGGACAGCAGCAAACGAUCCAGCUUUGAGACACCCAUCCAUACAUUACUGCCCAGCGGCAACUCAGUGUUUGUUGUCUUCACUACUGGUCAUGUUGAGAGGCUAUCAGAAACCUUGUUAGCCUCACGCAAGAGUCCCAGACCAGGUUUCCUAAGCACUGGAGAGACUAUCACCUAUGUGGAAAUUGUGAAGGAAGCUGGACUGUUGGUGAUGUUGGUGGAAAAAGAGGGCAAAUCCCCAUCUCUGUACAGAUUGCCACUUGGGGAUUCUGUCUGUCAGCCUCAGGACAGCCACAUCCUUGCUCUCAAUGAUGCACAUCUAACAGGAUUUUGUGCUACUUCAUCAGCCAAGCUUGUAACAUUGUGGUCCACUGGGGAGAUGUACAUUUUUGAAUUCCAAAAUGAUUACCUGGAAAAACUGCCAGGACGUCUCCAUGCAACAGAACAACAAGUCACUGUCACCAAACCCACCAAGAUACUGGAGCUUUCCCCCAGCCAUGUUGUGAUUGUGGGCCAGGACAAAGAAGAUGAAGGUGGACUAAUUGUACUGCGAGACAUUAAGUUUGCUCUGGUGACCAGCAUUCAGCCACUCAAGAUGUAUCACCGGCCUCCACCAGCUUGGGUCACACCAAGUGGACUGAUUGUGGUAGAGGGCAGCUCGCUUGCUCUCAUUCCCUUCACCGUGAGGGAAUCUAACCUGGCUACUGUGUUUGGCAGCAGAAUAGCAGAAACUAAGGGCUUCCCCUUUGAAGAGUGCCACAGCUGGGUGAGGACUGAUGGGCACCAGGAGACACAGGAGACUAUUCCUAAGGAAGCUAAAGAAACCAUCUACAGCAACAAGAGUGCUGAAUUAAUGAAAGUGAUAGGAAGUACUGACAGAGGAGCUCUCUCAGAGAGCAUGAUAGCAGUGGAAGUCAUUAUUCAUCUCAUUGAGCUAAAGAGGUUAAAUCUCCUGCGGGAGGCAAUGAAUGUCUUUGUUGACAUCCCUGAGACUUCCAUGGUGGAUGUCCUCACCUGCUACUUGGGGUGCCAGAAUGCAGACUUUGAGGGCCUGUGCCAAACUCCCUACAUGCAGAUGGAGUUCAUACCACAGGAGGAAGAUGGAGAUAAGAUUGUGUGUCCAUUUCAAGCGGCCAAAGCAUUCUUCAUCAAUGGGGUGCUGAAAAGGCCCUUUACAGAUGUCCAACUCCUGGCUGCUCUCCCUAAGAUGUGCUUUGAUCAUGCCCUCAGCCUCAUCAAGUACCUGCACUUUCUCAUAGCUUCUGGCGAGGUGGAGCUGACCCCACAAGAUAAGGGGACCCCAUCACUGAGCCAGACUGCACUUUGGCUCAGUCUUCUCCUUGAUACCAACUACCACCAGCUGGUCAUGAGCUCAGAGGUGGCUAUACAUCGUCUGCUUCUCUCAUGCUUCACUCAAGUUUCAGCCAUGAUCAAGUUCUUGGAGGGCAUGUCAGACAUAGAACUGUUGGCCAGAAGGAUAGUGAAGGGACAGCCUCUCUCCAAGCACACCCACACCUCUGCUCCAUACUCCCUGGAGCGUCUGGUUAUUACUUGAUCAGAGCACUAACGGUUGCCAGGAACAGCUCACCUGGUAAGUGCUGACCAGUUUUAGGUCGUUACUGCUGGGCUGUCAAUUUGUAAAUUACAUUUUGCAAUAAAACACUAUAUUUUUUUCAAC